AUGAGCUCGUACUUUGUAAACUCCUUCUCGGGGCGUUAUCCAAAUGGCCCGGACUAUCAGUUGCUAAAUUAUGGCAGUGGCAGCUCUCUGAGCGGCUCUUACAGGGAUCCCGCUGCCAUGCACACCGGCUCUUACGGCUACAAUUACAAUGGGAUGGAUCUCAGCGUCAACCGCUCCUCGGCCUCCUCCAGCCACUUUGGGGCGGUGGGCGAGAGCUCGCGCGCCUUCCCCGCGUCAGCCCAGGAGCCCCGCUUCAGGCAGGCGACGUCCAGCUGCUCCCUGUCCUCGCCCGAGUCCCUGCCCUGCACCAACGGCGACAGCCACGGCGCCAAGCCCGCUGCUUCGUCCCCUUCCGACCAGGCGACCCCAGCCAGCUCCAGCGCCAAUUUCACCGAAAUAGACGAGGCCAGCGCGUCCUCCGAGCCUGAGGAAGCGGCAAGCCAGCUAAGCAGCCCGAGCCUGGCUCGGGCACAGCCAGAGCCCAUGGCCACCACUACAGCCGCGCCCGAGGGGCAGACUCCACAGAUAUUCCCCUGGAUGAGGAAGCUUCACAUCAGCCACGAUAUGACUGGGCCAGACGGGAAAAGGGCCCGGACCGCCUAUACUCGCUACCAGACCCUGGAGCUGGAGAAGGAAUUCCACUUCAAUCGCUACCUGACCAGGCGGCGACGCAUCGAGAUCGCCCACGCGCUCUGCCUGUCCGAGCGUCAGAUCAAAAUCUGGUUCCAGAACCGUCGCAUGAAGUGGAAGAAAGACAACAAACUGAAAAGUAUGAGCCUGGCUACAGCCGGCAGCGCCUUCCAACCAUGA